AUGUUGUCUUACUCAUCCUACAUGCUUACAGCAGUAGCUGCUUUGCUAGUGACUUGCAAUGCACUGACUAAAUAUCCAGGAAUCCCUGGGCUGCCUAGUAUCCCUGGGCUGUCUGGCAGAGACGAUCUGCAAGGACAGACACAUCUAUCAGGUCUACCCAAAUCUCUGAACACUGAAGUCCACAAAGUCUUAAAUUUGAAACACCGACUUUCCAGACUUAAAGGCGUGCUUGUUUUGAAGGGGAAAAUAAGAGAAGUAAGAGAAAAAAUAUUUGCCAGCAAUGGGGAGAAAGUUGAUUUUGCAUCUGCAUUAGCAUCCUGUGAAGACGCUAGAGGAACUCUUGCAACUCCUAUGAAUGAAGAGGAGAAUAAAGCUAUUUUGGGUAUUGUGAAAGAGUAUAACCAAUAUGCUUACCUGGGCAUUAAAAUAGGUGAGGAUGCAGGUCAAUUUAAGUAUCUAAAUGGCAUCCCUGUGAAUUAUACCAAGUGGUAUCAAAAUGAGCCUAAUGGCAAAAGGACAGAAAAAUGUGUAGAGAUGUACAACGAUGGGAGCUGGAAUGACAAAAAAUGUAACCUGCGUCGCCUCACAAUCUGUGAAUUUUAA